AAAAUGAGCAGAAAAAAAUUAUUUACUGUCAUCACAUUUUGUAUCGCAAAUUUUUUCAAUGGUCUGUUUUACUCUAUAUUGGCUCCAUUUUUUCCAACAGAGGCUCAGAAAAAGGAAAUAAGCUCAACACAAGUUGGCCUUGUUUUUGGAUCAUUUGAAUUAGUUCUCAUCAUUGUUUCACCAUUUUAUGGAAAUUAUUUAAACAAGAUUGGAGCAAAGUUUAUGUACAUAACAGGAAUUUUUGUCUGCGGUGUGUGCUCUAUAUUAUUUGGCAUAAUUGACAAAGCGCCCAAUGGAACCCCUUAUUUUGUUCUUUGCUUAAUCGUUCGAAUGUUUGAAGGACUUGGUGCGGCUGCAUUCGGAACUGCAAGUUUUGCCAUAAUGGCCUACAAUUUUCCAAAGCAUAUAGCCACUAUGUUUGGUACAUUAGAAAUGUUUACAGGGCUUGGAUUGAUGGCAGGGCCACCUAUAGGAGGCGCACUUUAUGAAUUAGGCGGUUUUGCUUCUCCAUUUGCAACACUUGGAUCUUUUAUACUGGUGAUUGGACUUAUAAGCAUUUUCAUGCUGUCGCCAUACAGAGUAAAUGAUUUACCAAGGAAAGACAGCGUUUUUAAAUUAUUGAAAUACCCGGUCAUUACGUUGACGUGUCUGUGCUUGCUAGCCGGUUCUUGUAGUAUGGGUUAUCUUGAUGUUUCAUUGUCGGUACACCUUACGAAAAGUUUCCAUUUAUCUCCAUUUUGGGUUGGCUUGGUCUUUCUCGUUGAACCACUAGCUUAUUCUAUAAUGUCGCCAAUAUGGGGAAGAAUUGUAGAAUAUAAACCUAAAAUGUCAUUAUACAUCAUUUCAUUCGGAUAUGUGAUGGCCGGACUUUCGCUAUUUUUUAUUGGACCGGCUCCAUUUUUUAAUAUUCAAUCAAAUUUAGUACUAUUGAUCCUUUGCUUGAUUUUUGGUGGUCUUGGUAUAAGCACUUUGACGAUAACAUUUCAAAUUAUAACCGAAACUACAAUAGCUAAAGGAUAUCCUGAUACUUUGUCAACAUACGGAUUAAUAUCAGGCCUAGUGAACUCUUUUUUUUCUCUAGGGUUUUUUCACAACUUUUUUAGUCACAAUAUAUAA